AUGGCCCCCACCGGUGAAGCAGCUGGAGAGCUGCGCCCCAUCGUUUUUUCUGGUCCAUCGGGCACAGGAAAGUCUACUCUGAUCAAACGACUGUUCGCACUCCAUCCCAAUCUUUUCGGGUUCAGUGUCUCCCACACAACGAGAAAACCACGUCCGGGUGAAGAGGAUGGCGUCCACUAUCAUUUCACUUCCGUCGAGAACUUCGAAAAGAUGGUGGCAGAAGACGCCUUCGAAGAACAUGCCAAGUUUGGAGGGAAUCACUACGGCUCGUCCAGACAAUCAGUACAAGACGUCGCGGAGGGAAAAGGGAAGAACAUAGACGGUACCACCGCUGAGGGAAAGAGGAUAUGCAUCUUCGAUAUCGAGAUGGAAGGGGUGAAGCAACUCAAAAAGAGCCGGCUGGACCCGAGAAUCUGCUUCAUUCAACCACCAAGCAUUGAAAUCUUGGAGCAGAGGUUGCGUGGAAGAGGAGACACAAGUGAGGAUGCGGUGCAAAAACGACUGGCUCAAGCCAAGAAUGAGAUCGAAUACUGCAGAACCGAAGGCAAGAACGACAAAGUGAUUGUCAACGACGACCUUGAGACCACGUUCAAGGAGCUCAACGAAUGGGUCAUGAAGGACAUAUCCUCCAGCAACUAG